UUCCAUUGAGAAGAAGAGGGGGGAAAAAUGGCGUCCUCUAACAAUCCUCGCAAAUUUAGCGAAAAAAUCGCUUUGCAUAAUCAGAAGCAGGCGGAGGAGACAGCCGCGUUCGAAGAAGUCAUGAAGGACUUAAACAUCACCAGAGCUGCCCGGCUGCAGUUACAGAAGACCCAGUAUUUGCAACUAGGGCAGAAUCGUGGACAGUACUAUGGAGGCUCACUGCCCAAUGUCAAUCAGAUUGGAAAUGGCAACAUUGACCUGCCUUUUCAGAAUUCGGUGUUGGAUACCAGCCGAACGACAAGGCACCACGGGCUGGUGGAGCGUGUUUACCGCGACCGAAACCGCAUCACAUCUCCUCACCGCAGGCCGCUGUCGGUCGAUAAACAUGGACGCCAAAUUGACAGCUGUCCUUACAGCUCCGUUUACCUCUCCCCACCACCAGACACUAGCUGGCGAAGGACAAAUUCAGACUCUGCCUUACACCAGAGCACUAUGAAUCCGAAGCCCCAGGAUGUGUUUGCAGGGGGAUCACAGGAGCUGCAGCCUAAACGAGUACUGCUGCUAACAGUGCCUGGGAUGGAGGAUUCCGACUCUAACGCUGACGAGGAUGCACAGAAACAGUUGUGGAAUGAUGAGAAGGAUGAUGCAUCAAAGCCCAACACAUGUGAUGUCCCUGGAAUCAAUAUAUUCCCAUCACCAGACCAGGAGUUGAACCCAUCCGUGCUCCCAGCUGCACACAACACUGGCGGUUCAUUGCCUGAUCUGACCAACAUUCAGUUCCCGCCUCCACUGUCCACACCACUGGACCCCGAGGACACCGUGGCCUUUCCCUCGCUCAGCUCAUCCAACAGCACAGGCAGCCUGACCACCAACCUCACCCACCUGGGCAUCAGCGCAGCCAGCCACGGGAUUCCCACCUCAUCCCAAUCUACCAUGACUGCGACAGGACAGCGCCGGCAACCUCCUGUGGUGCCCCUCACCCUCUCCUCUGACCUCCACCUCCAACAGUCAACGCAGCAGUUCUCACCCACCUUGUCCUCACCUGUUAACAUCACUCAGGCCAUACCAACAGAGUCGAUGACCUUGGAGCAGCAACUUUCCCAAUAUCCACUCUUCAGUCAGUUGACGGCUCAGGCUCAGGCUCAGCUGCUCAGCGACCUGCAGAAGCAGCAGCAGGCCUUGUCGCAGGGCAUCCAGCUCAUCACUUUCCCACCUCCAGCCUCCACUGCUACAUCCACUGCCACUGCCAGCAGCUCCUCCCCAGACAGCCAGAGCCAGACAACCGCCAGCAUCGGUGUCAGUUCGUACCGCAAUCAGACUGGCUCACCAGCCACUCAAUCUCCAACCUCCCCAGUCUCCAAUCAAGGCUUCUCCCCCGGCGGCUCGCCUCAACACAUCCCAGUGGUGGGCAGUAUAUUUGGCGACUCCUUCUAUGAUCAGCAGUUGUCAUCGAGGCAGACCAAUGCACUUUCUCACCAGCUAGAGCAGUUCAACAUGAUCGAGACCCCCAUCAGCUCCACCAGCCUUUAUAACCAGUGCUCCACCCUCAACUAUACACAGGCGGCCAUGAUGGGCCUCACUGGGAGCAGCCUACAGGACUCUCAGCAGCUCGGCUACAGUAGCCACAGCAACAUCCCCAACAUCAUCCUAACAGUCACAGGUGAGUCACCGCCGAGCCUCUCCAAAGAGCUGACCAACUCUCUGGCCGGUGUCGGCGACGUCAGCUUUGACGCAGACUCUCAGUUUCCCCUGGACGAGCUGAAGAUUGACCCGCUCACCCUCGACGGACUGCACAUGCUCAAUGACCCCGAUAUGGUGCUCGCCGACCCCGCCACCGAGGACACGUUCAGGAUGGACAGGCUGUAACAUGUGAGGCUCAAUGUGGCCAAGAAGGAGAAGAAGACGAAGACGAAGAAAGAAACCCACACACUAACUUGUGAACGGAGAGAAGCAAAGGGCGGGAAGAACCCUCUCCCUUGUUGCAUGGCUGUCCAGCUGUCUGACCUCGCCCUCGUCUCCGUGAAGCUCUCUGAAAUGACGCACCACCAACAGACAGCAGGGAAUAAGACGUCCAGUGGCUUGCUGGGGAAUGGCCUCGCUGUCAAUUUGAAUGAGAUUGGUCGCUCAGUGCUUUCGCUAGCCUGCUGUGUUUACAGUGUACCAUUACAUGCCACAUAUAUUCCAAAACAAAAAAGAAGAAGAAAAUGCACAUUUGACAAUGUAUUUUUUUUCCUUUUCAUAUCCACGUUUUGUUUUUGUUUUUAUAUUUGCUGGUAGCAGGGAGCUGCUAGGACAUUGGGCUAAACCGUUUGGCAAUCUGAUGAAUUGGUUUUUCCCUUUAUGCUGUAACAGCUUUCUAUUUCACACUCAAAGCUUUAUUUUUGACAACCAAAAGUUAUUUUCAUCAUGUACUGUAUGUUUUGAUGCUUUAUGUUCUAUUUAUUUUAUUUAUUUAUUUAUUUCGGUUUAAGAUUGAUUUUAUAUUCUAUUUACUAAUUUAAAUUUGAUGCCAAAAUGCUCUCUGUAAGCAUAGUGUAAAUUUGCACUCAUGUGGUUUGUGUCUAUUUAUUAAGUACCAACAUAUUUCUAAAUGUGUUUGUUAAGCUACUUGGUUAAUGAAGGAGUGCAAAAUCUCCCCAUAGUUGCUCUUUGGUGUUCGAUGUGCCAUUCUCUGAUGUAGAGACGCGGUAGACGUUGUCAUGCUGUAGCCCGGCGGUCAAAUCCAAGCGUCGUCGUUUCCAGUGAUGAUGGGUCGGUUGUAAUUACCUUAAAUUAACGUUUUUUCUCAGAAAAUAAUCAGGUAUUUCUAUUGAACUGGAAAGCAGGAGAGAAAAAAAAUUGAUUUAUUGCCAGUGAAGAGCCAAUACACAUUCAGACCGACGCAGUCUGUUUUUAAAAGUGAAAUCUCCAAAAGUCGUCACUGUGAAAUCACCUGAUUUUGCCUUACAUGAGUGUUCCUGCUGUUCCACUUAAGUGUCUGACGUGACAACGUAUUUUCGUACCUUAUUGUAACAUUUUCUUGUAUUUGAGAGGAACGUCACUUUUGAUCAGUGAUAUUUGUGAUUAUGUUGUGUAAGGUUUGACAAAUCGAUGUACUGUAUUUUGUAGCGGUACAAUUUAUACCCAAAUUGUUGAUGUUUUUUAAAGUGGGGCAAAAAAAAAGAAAAAGCAAACAAAAAAAAAGAAAAUCAAAGGAUGGUUUUUGAGUGAUUUGCAAGGUAUAGUGCAAUUAUGGGGAGGCUUUUUGCUCCUUGACAGGGAAGCUCUUACAAAAACGCUACUGACCUUUGCCACAGUGGUCAUCGACAACAACCGUACUACGAAACAGUGUGCAGUCACUUUAGUGGAGACCGCGUCACAGCCUUUAAAUGGUGUCCAUGCAAUUCAUUCUUCAGAGUUUAUGAUUAUAGGCAUAUUUUUAUCAGAGAUACAAAAUUUAACGGUGUACUGAAAGGCCAAAAAAGAUGUGUGUAUUUAUAUAUUUUAAAGUAUUUUAUGCAAUUUUAUUUCUAUUCAGUGUUAGUGACGACUAAGAGGUCACCGAGAGCCGCACACACGGAGAUUGUGUUGUGUGGAUUACUCCCGAGAUGAGUUACAGUAUUUCACCGAGAGCAGCUUUAAGUGAAAAGUGUUCACACACAUCACACUGGAACAUGUAUAUACUCUUAAUUGUGUGUGUGUGUGUGUAGAGAAAAACGUGUAGGAAAACAAACCACGUGAGAUUUGAAUCCGUCUCAGCCUUUUGUCAAGAGUUUCCCUGAGAGUCGUGUGCAGGUCUGUGGGAUCAUGUUUGGUAUAUUGUAAUGUUUGUGUACAGAUGUGCUCAUCAUUUGCUCAUCAUUGGGAUGAUGGGAAAAGGAAUCAUGUUCGGGUUGUACAUUAGGUUUAAGUUGAGAUGUUUGGUGUUUGCUGUGCUCUCUCUCCCCCCCUCUCUCCAUCCAUGGUUAUGAUUCCUAUGCAAAUGAGACAAAAACAUUUACCCUUCAAGGUAAAAGCUCCUGAUGUUUUGUUUGUUUUUGAUUUGGUUGUAUUAUUUGUUUCUUUGUUUAAAACAUUCCAGAAGUUAAGCUGGAUUUGUAGUUCACAAAUGGUGUAGUCAUGGAAACAAAGGUGCAGAUGGAGGUUUGAAAUUACCGUGGGGGAGAUUUAAUUAAUAUAUAAAGACGCCGUCCAAACAACGGUGCAGCGUUUUGUGAUCGUUUUCGUCUAAAUAUUGUGUAAGAAUAUGUCAAAUAUUGCCAGCAUGAUGAUGAUUAUGAAGAGAGAAGGAUUUCAAGGGCUCUGUAGACUUUCACAUAACAAUCGCACAGCUCUGUUUUCUCUUUCACCUGCUGGACAAAUUAGUAUUCUUAGAUUAAACUGCAUCUGUGCUGUAGAUUUUAAUGAAUUGAUGGCAGAGAAUAUGAGUUUAGCAGGUUUUGGAGGUUUGCAGUGGUGCUAUGACAAUCAAGUAAAUUCAUUUCUACACCUGAAAAAGCAUAACUCCAGCUUUCUUUUGAAAUGAGCUUUAUUUUCUUUUUACGUUUCCACACUGUUUUUGUAAGUCACACACCCUGCUUUUCCUUUCUUUAAUGCACUGGCUGCAUCUCUGCCUCUUCAGCAGUGGAUUCCUUCUGUGUGAAGUUGCUGCUCAAGAAACAAAUGUGUUGAUCCCAAACUUCAAAUUGACUUUACCGUUACUGACCUUAAGCGUAACAAAGAGGCCCCGAGAUGCAGACACUUCAGCAGAAGCUGAUUUUCUUUUCUCAAACGUCAACGAGAAACAAGUGCGUCGAUGUUUCCAGAGGUUUUUGUUUUUGUUUUAUCAAAAGUAUUGUGUGUCAGCCAAUUGUCACCGUUGCUUUGCCAUUAAUGCCAGUGGGUUUGAGCCUUUCUGUCAUCCUGACCUUGUACAUAAUAUGCUAUAGCUGAAACAAAAUGCAUGACUUUACCGACGGUCCAAACCUCUCUCAAUGAAGGUCUACUUUUGCUCUGCAGGGUUGAUUUGUGUAACACGUAGCUUACGUUCAAAGGGAUGCAUGUAUGGGUCUGUUUUGUGCGACACUGAAGUCCUGACUCUGUUACCUCCAUCUCUGUAUUACGGUAACUCCAUAAAUGAUAAAAGAAUGUAUUUUUAUGUGGCAGUGUCUUGCCUGUUGCCAAAUGACCCUGAGCUUUUGGUUUCCGGGCUUCUCUCUCUCUCACACUCUGCACCUCAGUUGAGUCUUUCUCACUGUUGCUCGUUCUUACGCUUUCUCUUCCUGCACCGGGGCAUCUCGCGGGCGCACGAGUCGGCCCAGCCCCUCAUUCUCUGCACCACCUGGUUUGCUUUGGCUCGAAAAUGGAAGCAGGUUACGUCUUGUGUCGAUUGCAGAUUAGCACGGGCACUGGUUGUUUGCAUAUAUGGACUUUAAAUAAUCUGUCAACUGCAUGACAUGAUAGACACAUCACAUGAAGCAGAUCCUUAUCCCUUUGCUGAGGUGACAUGUGUUUUCAGACAUCAGAUUUGGUUGUUUUAUGUCGUUUGCCUGUCAUGUCAGUGUAUUUCUGUUUUUUUCUGUCUGUUUUUGUGCAAAGGGUUGUCCACUCGUCGCUUGGCACUUUAUUUGUGGCUUCCUGGCUUUUGAGCAGGGACUGUUCUGCCCGAUGUGAAUGCUGACUCUUUCAUUACAGAUGUAUAGACCGGAUAUAUUUUAAUGUCAAUGAAAAGAUGAAUUCUCUAUUUUCCUUUGUAAACUC